AUGCCUUCUACACGGCCAUGCGCGGCCUUCGAGCCAAUGGCGCCCGACUUCGACCUCAAGAGCCUGGUUGAGUCACAAGCGAACUUUGAAUGGGUGGUGCGCAUACACUGCGAUAUGAUCGACCACCAAGGCCUCGAGAACUUUGAAAAGCUGGUCCUGAUCCAUGUCAUACUAGGUGGGAAGCCACUGGUCAUCGAGGGCUAUGAAGGACGCCUCGACCGAUGGACUUUUGCGCUCCAGUGGCUCCGCGACAACUGCGGCUCAAAGGUCGAGAAUGCGCGAGAUCUCACCAAGAAGACUAACAUCCCUUUGACCAUCGGUCACUACCUGAACAACAUGGCACUGUUGACGAACCAAUGGACCCCACAAAACUACAAGGACCCUGAACGUCAGCGGAUGUAUCUCAAAGAUAUCGACUGUCCACAGCUAUGGCGGGACAAGCUGGCAGAGAUCCUUCCGCCUGGCCUCUUCUACCUCAACGAAUCGACCGGCGACGUUGGUGGGUUCGGUGCGGUGGACGAGAACGACUCCAUCCGACCCGGCAUGAAGAAGGGCAGAGGCAUUGCCAAAGCGGGCGAUCUGAUGAGUAGCUUGCCCAAUGAGAUGCGCGCCGAAAAUCUCAUGUGUUACGUGGGCCACGAAGGCACUUACACCCCCGCCCAUCGAGAGAUGUGCGCAAGCCUGGGUCAAAACAUUAUGGUGGAGGCUUCUACUGGUCUCAUCGAAGAUGGCAGACCCACCAGACCUGGCUCCUCAAUCUGGUUCAUGACAGAGAGUAAGGAGCGAGAAGUCGUCUCUGAGUAUUGGCUUUCGCGGCUUGGCCAUGAUAUUGAAAUUGAGAACCAUUUCGCGCAGGUCAAUGCUUGGAAGAACGCUCCUUUCAAGGUUUAUAUCGUUGAGCAAAAGCCCGGCGACUUUAUCCUGAUCCCACCACUCGCUCCACACCAAGUCUGGAAUCGAGGAACCCGAACCAUGAAGGUCGCUUGGAAUAGGACGACUGUCGAGACGCUGGAGAUGGCACUUCAUGAAGCGCUUCCUCGGGCCAGGAUGGUCUGCCGUGACGAACAAUACAAGAACAAGGCCAUCAUCUACUACACCAUGCAGAAAUACUCGAAGCUGCUCCGUCAGGCGGAAAGGACCAGGCAGAAAUCUGUGGGGCCCAAGCAGAAGGCAUCGGGCGACGCCAAGGUCCGACAGCUGGAGAAAGAUUUUCGCAGACUAGAAUUCCUGUUCUCGGAGAUAUUGGUGUCUGAAAGCUUUCUGCCCGAUAAGCCUGAAAAGAAGGUGGAAUUGGUUCCUUAUGACAGUAACAUUACCUGUUCGUACUGUCGCUGCAAUAUCUUCAACAGAUUCCUAACCUGCCCCAACUGCGUUGGGCAAUUGGCAAAUGGAGACGAGGACACAUACGACAUCUGUAUGGAUUGCUAUGCCAUGGGCAGAAGUUGCGCAUGUGUCUCAAAGCUUAGGUGGGUCGAACAAUGGUCAUGGGGAGAGUUGACGCAGAAACAUGAGCAGUGGCGACAACAGAUUCUGCAAUAUGAUGGCAAAAUCACCGAGAAAUCGCCCAGGUCCUUGAAGAUGGAAAUAGACCGACUCGGCACCAAGAGAACCCUGGCGCAAGUUUGUCAGCUUGAAUUGGCAAGGAGACCAUUCCGCGAUAUUGCACGCCCACCAUCCCCUGUACAGGCCGAGGAAGAGGUCGAGGUAGUGGGCGCCGAUGGAAGCGUGAAGAUCAAGAAAAAGGUCAAGCGUACAGACAAGUUCCUCCGAGAGCAUGCGCGCUGUCACACCGACUGUCACUGGGAACCGAAGUGGAAGCAAGCUGCAUGUACCCAGUGCGACAAGCGUUACUGUUAUGGCACGCUGUUCCGUAGAUUCGACAUGAUGCCACAAGAUAUCCUUGCCGAUCCAAACUGGACUUGCCCUAGCUGCAAGCAAAUAUGCAGCUGCCGAAACUGCAGACAAAAGGCCGGCUACGAUUACAAACCUUACACGCCCUCGGGCACUAUGCUGGGCCACAACACAAAAGCAGUCGCGGACCCGCGGUCAGUGGAAAGUCUUGUUGACUUCAGCGUGUCCAAUAUUGGCUGGAUCCAGAAGGCAGACGACGAUCAUGGUGACCAAUCCCGCCGGCUUAAGAAGCGGCGAAAAGAUGCAGAAGCUGCAAAAGCAAAUGAGCCUGAAUUGGGCGAACACUAUGUUGAUGACAGUGCGGACAUGUCUGAUGGUGUGGAAGCAGGUGUUUUACGGCUUGCAGAACAAGAAGGCUUUGCGAUUGACCCAGCGCUGGGUACUGGUGGUGCCCUUACUGACUCGCCUGCUGGAGACGAGGACGACUUCGAUGAAAACCCAGAGAGCGCGAGACGGCUGGGCGAUUCGACCCCUCCAGACUCUCCAGCUGCGCUGCCUGAGGGUGGCGUUAUCAGAGACCUCGAGCAUGCCUACGAUCGGACCGAGGCAAUCACCUACGACUACCCUGACCCUUCAGUGGCUCUCCAAAUUCCUGGCCCUGUCGAGGAAGGACAAACUGUACUGCCGCCGGGCUAUGCACCAGCCAGACCCGAAGAGAGUGGGGAGAUCGAGAUGAUGCGACAGAAGCGCAAACGAGCCAAGACGGACGACGGUGACAGACCUUACAACUAUAAGAAACCGAACACAGAGAAGCAGAAGCAGAGAAAAUCACUCAUUGUGAAGCUGUCAAUACCGAUAGAGAAGCUGAACGAAAUGGGAAAAACGGCCGACCUUGCCAGGCGGCCAUUGAAUGGAACCCUUCAGGUCCCGGCACCCGUCAUCAGUUCCGAUUUGCAGGCGCUCAACGCCGCCGAGGGCAAUCCUCAGGCCUUGCCCAAGAAGAUCAGACGAGAACCGGAGUAUAUCGAGGUGGAACGGGACGACGAGUUCAUGCCUGGAAGAUACCGUGACCGGAGAAAACGUGCACAAGAUGGAGCUCCUCUGCCGCCACCUGACACCGAGAUCACUCGAAGACAGACGCGCAAGCAUCAGACUCGCUAUGAGGAGCCUUCGGAAGAUGAAUUCAACGAGAUGGUCGGACCGAACGACACACGGAACGAAAAAGGCAAGACAACUGCGAAUCCCACGCCUAGCAGUGUCGUCAAAUUAAGUGAUCUUGAACUGAAACCUGAUGCUUCGGAUCUGUCCGAAGAGGAUACAGGGAGUCAUAGCUCCACCUCCAGCCCAGUCGUGGAGAUUGGGCAUCGAAGGCCGAAACCGGCACCAAGAGCAGCCAUGAAGGCUCCUGCACCGGCUGCCAAGAGUGGUGUCGAUCGUCCAGUCAGCAAAGACUCCACAGCAGAAGAAAGCGAGAGGUCAUCGUUGUCCACUUCUCCAGCAUUGCCUUCCAAGGGAGCCAACCUGGCGAAGCCAACUUCAACCGCUCCGGCGAAGACUGCCGCUGAAGCCGAGGCACAGGCGAAUCGAAGAGCAAAGAUGGCUUUGAUCGAGUCAAUGGAGUACGACAGUGAUGGUCUUGAUUAUUCAUGGUCGCAAGAAUCGGUCUCAGACGAGCCCACAACGAAUGGGAGAGCGUCCGGUCUACCUCAACCGGCACCCAACAUGCAGUCAGCCACUGAUACCGAAAAAUCGAUCAGCGGCUCCCCGAGCGUCGAAUCCGUGAAGAAGCCCGUCAUCGUUAGUAAUGUGAAGGCGUCGGCCGCGGACUGGGUUGAUAGUGAUGAUUCAGAUGAUGAUGGCAUGCCAACUGGGGGAGCCUGGGCCUCGAUCAAUGGCGGAGCUGCAACCGCGCGUCGGACAGUCGCCAUGAAGACUACUAACCACGUCGGUAGUGGACCGGUCAAGAGGGGCCGGGGCAGGCCGCCAAAAAAUCCAAAGUGA